AUGCGACCAGCAGCACCUGAGGCUCACCAGUCAGCAGAACUGCCACCACCAGCCAUGAAGCUCUUCUCACUGAUCCUCUUCUUUGUAGGACUGGCUUUUGCCAGCUGCAACGUGGUCCAGUUUGGAAUAAUGAUUCAACACAUGACUGGGAAGUUUCCACUGUCCUACAACGGUUACGGCUGCUACUGUGGCUUGAAGGGAUCCAAACAGCCCAAGGAUGCUACAGACUGGUGCUGCCAUGCCCAUGACUGUUGCUACAAGAGAGUGUCUUCCUCCCACUGCAAUCCCAAAACAGUCGCCUACAAGUACUCUGCACAGAGAGGGCAAAUAACCUGUGGAGCCGGGAAUUCAUGCCAAACAGCAACCUGUGCUUGUGACAAGAAAGCAGCUGAAUGCUUCCGGAGGACACUCCAGAGCUACAACAAUGCCUACAGGAAUUACCCCAACUUCUUGUGCAAGGGCAGAACUCCUUCCUGCUAG